GGCUAAUUAUUUGUGAGAAGGAAUCUCGCUUCGUCACCACUGGACUUAGGUUGCUAGAUUCUUCGGUCCCUAAUUGAACUGGUUCAAUCAGCUUCAUUCUACUGCAGCCACUCGGCCCUUCGCUUACGCUGCUUUUUAGUAUUAACUCACCAUGACCGAGCCAGAGGAUGUUGAAGAAGACCUGUUUGCAGAUCUGUAUGAUGUGGAUGAGACCGCGCACCAACCAACUUCAACCGUUGAUGCCCCAGUUACCUCGGAGCCUAUAGCUUCGGUCCUCCCGACUCAGUCGGCCGGCCUUCCUGCAACACAUGCCUCCGACGCCUCUCAUAUUGAAACGGAAGACAUUCGCGGUGUACACCAACAGCUCCUACAGGAUGGAGCUCACCAACAUGGCACAGGCAAUUUAGAUUCUGGAUUCGCCAAUACUAUCACCCCUAUUUCGGGGGAAACAGAGCAUCACGGAACCGGGAUCAAAGAAGAUGGGAAGAUGUUUAUUGGCGGUCUCAACUGGGAAACAACUGACCAAUCCCUAAAGGACUACUUCUCUCAGUUCGGAGAGGUACAGGAAUGUACUGUGAUGCGAGACAGUGCUACAGGUCGCUCUAGGGGCUUUGGUUUCUUAACUUUUAGAGACCCUAAGACCGUCAAUACUGUCAUGGUCAAGGAGCAUUACUUGGAUGGAAAAAUCGUGAGUCAUGCAUUUCAUAUCCUCAAAUUCUUGAACAAAAGCACAAGCUUACAUGGCUCGAAGAUCGAUCCGAAGCGUGCAAUCCCUCGUGACGAACAAGAAAAGACAAGCAAAAUCUUCGUUGGCGGUGUUAGCCAAGAAGCUAAUGAACAAGACUUCAAACAAUUUUUCAUGCAAUUUGGUCGUGUGAUCGAUGCUACUUUGAUGAUCGACAAGGACACUGGUCGGCCUCGCGGAUUUGGAUUUGUGACAUUUGACAGCGAGGCUGCUGUUGAAGCAGCACUCUCGCGUCCUUUAGAGAUACUCGGUAAGCCUAUUGAGGUUAAGAAAGCUCAACCACGUGGUAAUCUGCGGGACGAAGAGGAUCGCAGGAACCGCCGUGGCAGAGACGGGUUUCGCGAGGGAAGUCAAAUUGGCAGCGAUGGUUCUCAGCCACAAGGCUCUCAAGGGCCGGCCGGCAUGCCUAGUGGCUUGACUCCACAGAUGAUGGCGCAGUAUUGGCAACGGAUGCAGCAAUAUUUUGCUUUGAUGCAGCAACAAAUGGCCGUUGCCGCUCAGGGCCAAGGCAUGGGCGCAAUGGGCAUGGGUGGAAUGAACCCAGCUAUGAUGCAACAAAUGCAGAUGAAGCAGAUGCAACAGAUGCAAAUGGGCAAUAAUCAACAACAGGGAAGCAUGAGUCCUCCACCGCAGAGUCAGACCCCUCAAAUGCAGAAUAUGAUGAAUCCUGCCAUUAUGCAGCAGAUGCAGCAGAUGCAAAACCAAGGUCAAGGAGGACAGAUGGGGAAUGCUAUGAACAUAGGGAGCAGUAGUCCUGGAAAUGUGAACAUGAGUGGAAGUUAUUCAGGACCUCGUGGCGGCCCAGGCUACAACGCUCAUGAGCAGAUUGCCUUUGAACAACAGAAGUAUGAACAGCAGCAGGCUCGUCGGGCCUUGGAAAACCGGGCGUUCUCUCCCUAUCAACAGGGCGGUCCAACUUCCUGGGAAGGUAUGUACGAUGAAGUGCCCCAGCCCAACAUCCCCACGGGACCGCAAGCCAUGAAUCGAGCUGGCAGUAUGGGACGUGGUAUGUAUUUGGACCGACACCUCAGCCUCAGAGUGCCGCACCAGCCAACGCUCCAACUGGGCCCAAGAAUGCUGGAAAACCUGGAGCAAAUUACCGAGGUGGAGGUCGCGGAGGCCAUCGUGGCUUUCAUCCUUAUGCUCGUGGUUGAUUUGAUGCGUUUCUUCUACUCGGAUGUUGCCAUUCUAACCUCCCUCUUUGUGUGGUGCUGAGUCCAUCCGGCAGCAACCUCUCAGUUACCUAAUCUUCUUUUCAAAUUUUUGCUUUUGUAAGUGGCGGCGGACCAUGAUACCGUGUGUUGAGCUAAGGAUCUCCCUGAAAUUGGUGAUGUGUCUAAUGUACUUAUCCAACGAUGCUGCUCUUGUGUCCUUCAUGAAAAUGCUUCCGACUACCUACUUAUUCCUUCCCCGGAGAAAAGAAAAG